CCGGGGGCGGGGGCUUCCCUGGAGGGAGUGUGGUGUUUGCAGCCACGGCAGAGUCAUUCUGCGGCGAGGAAAAAGGUCACCGGCGGCCUACGAAAGGGUCCUGCGGAUCCCGGGAAAGGGCCCAGGACGCAGUGUCUCCGCACACAGGCCAUCGCCCCCCGCCGGCCCUGGGUGCUCUGGAGAGGGGCGGGCAGGGCAGGGCGUCAUAAACAACAAUAAUCGCGCUUAAAAGCUGUCCUGCCUGGAGCAGCCUUUCCCGUCUACUACCCUGCCCGCUGCGGUUUGGAGAGGUCAGACCCAAGUGACCCUCGGCCUCGGUGAAGGGCAGCUCCCGCCGUGAGCUGGGCCUCGGCGCUCCCCGCCCCCGGGCCGUCUUCCCGUGUCUUCUCAUUAGCUGUUCCCGCGGACUGGCUUCCCUCCGGAGGGGAAUUCCUGAAACCCACACACCCUCGGGAGGGCUGGGCACCAGAUAAAAGCCGUCCUCAAAGCCCGGCCCCUCCUGGGACCCGGUGGCUGUGCUCGGCGCGCAGCUUGUCCUCCUAAGGCAGGGGUCUGCACCCACGGAAAACAGGUUCUCGGAGUUUUUCUGGUUUGCUCCCAGCUCUCCACCGGCACACCUAUUUCUGUCUUUCCUUUGGGAGAAAUGUGCUUUGCCAAUGACUAACCGCAGUUGUGCUGAGAUGCUAUCACCUGUCACCUGCACGGCAGGACCCGAGCCCAUGCGGAAAUGAGAUAGGCCCGCGCCACCUGCCUCCCCCCCGGCAGAGCCCUGAGAAGGUCUGUGCCACCCGGGGCCGCCUCUGUCCUGUCUCGGGACUCGGGCAUGUGGCCAUCACAGUGACUGCCCCAGGGCCCCCUGCUGCCACCCUGAAAGGGCCCACCCGGGUGUCGGACGAGCAGCUCCCUCCCUGCGGGCCGAGGGCGGAGCCCCUGGAUGGAGCUUGGGACCUAUACUCCUCAUGUCUGUCCUGCUGAUGCUGUGUGUCCCGCUCCUGGCCCUGGCGACCCCGGGCCGAGGCACCCGGCGAUGGGAACCCUGCACAGACCUGCGCCCCCUGGACAUCCUGGCAGAGGCCCUCCCUCCAAAUGGCGCUGCGGGCGGAAUCAGGGUGACACAGGCGAAUGGCGUGCGAGGACUCCAGCUCUCGGCCGCCGCCCCCCACGCCAUGAGCUUCCCCGCAUCGAGGAUUUUCUUCCAAUGCGACCUCUUCCCUGAAGAAUUUUCGAUCGUCAUAACCUUGAAAGUUCCCAAUCUUCCCCCUAAGAAGAAUGAAUACCUGUUCACUGUGGUGACGGAGGAGUCUGACGGGCUGUUGCUGGGUGUGCGGUACUCGCCCACCAGGCUGCAUUUCCUGUUCCUCAGCCAGGACGCGGCGGGGGCCUGGCAAACCCGCGUGACCUUCCGCAGUCCCGCUCUGAUGGACAACCAAUGGCACACGCUGGUCUUGGCCGUGUCCGAAGGAUCCUUUUCCCUCACCGCGGACUGCGGCGUCCCCGCGGACAUAAUGGCUGACGUGCCCUUCCCGGCCACCCUCUCGGUGCGAGGAGCCCGAUUCUUCAUCGGCAGCCGGAAGAGGACCAAAGGCCUGUUCACGGGCCUGGUGAGGCAGCUGGUCUUACUGCCUGGCUCGGAUGCCACCCCAAGGCUCUGUCCCUGCAGGAGUCCCGAGCUGGCUGUGCUGUCCAUCCCCCCAGUCCUGCAGGGCCCCCCGGGGAAGCCAGAAGAUAAUGAGGUGCUAAAAUAUCCCUAUGAAACCGACCUGAAGGUGACUCUGGGGUCCCGGCCUCCGUGCACCAAAAUGGAGGAUGCCCAGUUCUGGUUUGAUGCCAGCCGGAAGGGGCUGUUCCUGUGUGUGGACAGCCAGUGGGUCUCCGUGUUAGCAGCCAAGGAGAAACUGGACUACGUGGAAGAACAUCAAAGCCUGUUCACCGACUCGGAGACGCUGGGCAUCGAGGUCUUUGCCAUCCCCGAGGCCGGGCUCUUCGUGGCAGCCGCCAACCGCAAAGCCACAUCCGCCAUCUACAAGUGGACCGAUGGGAAGUUCGCCUCCUACCAGAACAUUCCCACGCACCAGGCACAGUCCUGGAGACACUUCACCAUCGGGAAGAAGAUCUUCCUGGCUGUGGCUAAUUUUGAACCGAAUGAAAAGGGCCAGGAGUUCUCUGUCAUUUAUAAAUGGAGCCAGAGGAAGCUGAGGUUCACACCGUACCAGAGGGUCCCCACCCACAGCGCCCGGGACUGGGAAGCCUUCGAGAUGGCCGGGGAGCACUUCCUGGCCGUGGCCAACCACAGGGAAGGUGAUAACCACAACAUCGACAGCGUCAUCUACAAGUGGAACCCGAGGACCCGACUCUUCGAGGCCAACCAGACCAUUGCCACCUCGGGCGCCUAUGACUGGGAGUUCUUCACCGUGGGGCCCUACUCCUUCCUGGCGGUGGCCAACGCCUUCAACGGCACGUCCACCAAGGUGCACUCCCACCUGUACGUCUGGCUCCUUGGCUCCUUCCAGCUGUUCCAGGCCUUCCUGACGUUCGGCGCCGCGGACUGGGAGGUGUUUCACAUCGGAGAGAGGGUCUUCCUGGCUGUCGCCAACAGUCACAGCUACGACGUGGAAAUGGAAGCACGCAACGACUCCUACGUCAUCAACUCGGUCAUCUACGAGCUGAAUGUCACCGCGCAGACCUUCGUCAGGUUCCAGGAGAUUACCACCUGCAGCGCUCUGGACUGGGAGUUUUUCUCGGUGGGAGAAGAUUAUUUCCUGGUGGUCGCAAACUCCUUCGACGGAAACACCUUCCUGGUAAACAGUAUUAUUUACAGGUGGCAGGGGUAUGAAGGGUUCGUGGCCGUGCACAGCCUCCCGACCUUCGGCUGCAGAGACUGGGAGACCUUCCGCACCGCGGCGGGUUCCUACCUCGUCUACUCCAGCGCGAAGGAGCCCCGCUCCCGGGUGCUGAAGCUGAGGACGGGGUGAGGGCACUGGCGCCCCUCCCGGAGCCCUGGGAGAAGCCGGCCCUUUCUGGGCCCUGGCCCUCGUCCGGGGGGGGGGGGGGGGCGUCCGUCCACCUCUCUGCCCCGGUGACCGUCGCGGCGGAUUUGGGGGCUCCGCAGGCGGUCGGGCCGGAGUCGGGUGCUGCCCUGCGAGCCCGGGCGGGCUGCCCAGGGUUCGCCUCAAGGGAGAAGUUCAUACAAAAUUUUACCUCAGAACCAGCGGGACCUCCCCACGGUCCUCCCGGCCCACCCGGGCGCGGGCACAGGCUUCACGCGGAUGCACGUAUCUCACACCGGCUAUUUAUUGUAUACUGUCUGUACAGAAAUAUAUUUAUGACGCUCUUUACCAAAGGCCUGAAGGCGUCUGCGUGUUUGUGGGGGGGACGGUU